GGCAAAUUAGGGCAGACAAGAGCGAUGAUUGAUGCCGUGCUCGUGAUGAACACGCAGGGGAAGCCGCGGCUCGCCAAGUUUUACAAAUCGCUGAGUCCAGUGAAGCAGCAAGAGAUUGUGAGGAAGGUCUACACUGGUUUGUCUAGCAGAGCGGAGCAUUUUUGUAACUUUGUCGAGGCGGAUGAGAUCUUUGGAGCUGGGACGAAGCUAGUUUACAAGCAUUUCGCGACGCUCUAUUUCGUGUUUGUGAUCGAUAGUGGAGAGAGCGAGCUGGGAAUUCUCGAUCUUAUACAAGUUUUUGUGGAGACUUUGGAUAGCAUCUUUAAGAACGUCUGUGAACUCGACAUUGUAUUUAACUUCAACAAGGUAAACACUGUUCUUGAUGAAAUAGUGAUGGGAGGCCAAGUUGUGGAGACUAACUCCACGGAGAUUGUCAAAUCUGUCCAAGAAAUUUUUAAGCUAGAGCGAGGAUGAAAAAAGAAAAAACGAAUUUUUUGUGUUUUUUUUAAUUGGAACUCACUCUCACUCA